CUCAACUGCUCACUCCACUCCAGCUGCAGAGGCAACAGCAUGCAUUUCGUCCCGUGGCAAUACUAAAUUAACCAGAUUUGUAACCCCAGUUUUAUAAAGAACUACUUAUCGUAUGCCUCGCUCCAUUUGUUGGGAUUUUAUUGUUUGUUUAUGCGUGACAAAAAGCAGAGAGUUGACCUUUUUGACGUCGUUGGGUUUAAUUGCCCCAGGGUAAGUGCGCAGUUCCCACUUGGAGCUUUUGGUCCUCUGCAUGGCUGCCAAUCUAACUUAAUUCGUAGAAGACAACUCAUGACCUGUCAGUGUAGCAUCCUGAUAUGUUGGUGAUAUGGGAGAUUGGUGGACAAGUGUGCCAAAAGAGACCUCCAUUGGGAAUUAUGAGAUUUCACAUUUGAUGAUGUCCCCUUCGAAGCAGAACAACAUUAUGUCCAUGUACUCGUCUUUGGGAUUAUCGAAAACCUCAUACAAUUUCAUCAGUGCCUUUUGUACUGAAGACAAUGUUCCCCAGUGCAUUUCAUAUGUUAACCAGGAGCUGGACUCCCUGGGCUUGGAGUCAUGUAUAGAGCUCAGUGCAGCAGGGAACACAGGCCUGAGCUCUGUCCCGGCUCUGAAUGCCUUUUAUGAGCUGCUGCAGAUCCACAGACAGGACAUGACCACAGUGGAGGAGCUUGAGAGGGACCAGCUCAAAAGGUCCAGCACAUUAGAGCAUGUGCAGAUCAGCAACUCUAGGCUCAAGGACCAGUUGGAGCUGUCUAUGAGGGAAAAGUCUGGUAUGCAUGAAACUGAGCGUCAGCUGCAACUCAAAAUUAAGACUUUGCAGAGCUGCCUAAAAACUGAAAAGGAAGAGGUUCAAAAACUACAGAAUAUUAUCGCCAGUCGUGCCACACAGUACAACCAUGACACUAAACGGAAAGAAAGGGAAACCGCUAAACUUAAAGAACGCCUGAGCCAACUCUUGGUCGAUAGAAAGGAUAGAAAACUCUCUAUCGAUGUCUUAAACUGUUUGGGGCGUGCUGACGGAAAAAGGAGCCACUGGAAGACUGCAAAAGCUACUGCCAGCCAUGAGGAGGACAUGUACAAGUUUCUGCUUAGUGACUAUGAGGCGAGUCAGAGGUCGUUAAUGCUUGAGAAUGCAGAGCUGAAAAAAGUGCUUCAGCAGAUGAAGAAGGAAAUGAUCCACAUUUUAAGUCCAAGGCAAAUGUCAAAGGGAGCCAGCACUGACAACAGCCAGGAACAGGGUGACUCGGACACAGAGGCGAGGGCAGGAGACUCGGGCAGAGAAUCACUGGAUAAGUCAUGUGAACUGGCCCGAGAACAGCUCACCAACAGCAUUCGACAGCAGUGGAGGAAAGUGCGCAGCCACAUGGAGAGAUUAGACAGCCAAGCUUCUCAGAACCAAGAGGAUGUAAUCCUAAGACAGACACACAAUGAUGAGAUGGAGAAAAUGAGACAAGAGGUGCUGCAAUGUAAAGAGUUCAUCCAGACACAACAGCAGCUGCUACAGCAACAACUGCACACCUCCUUUGACGAUGACACGGCUGCGCUGCUGAACGACUGCUACACUCUGGAGGAGAAGGAGCGUCUCAAAGAGGAGUGGAAACUUUUCGAGGAACAGAAAAGAAACUUUGAACGAGAGCGAAAGAACUUCACUGAAGCCGCUAUUCGCCUAGAGAGAGAUAAACAAGCGUUUCAGGAGGACCGUGCGUCUUGGCUCAAAAAUCAGUUUUUGAACAUGACUCCUUUUACUGACCGUCGGAGAGGAUCCUCAUCAGAUGGUGGUCAAAGUUCACUAUCAAUAAGAAGUGAACCAGAACUACGAAUGUCUUCCACUUCAAUUCACCUGCCCAAAUCCUCAACAUACUCUACCAACUUCUCCACUCCAAAACCUGCGCCACGUUCUGCUGUGCCGACCACAACAGAGCUUUAUCGAACACUCCGCCUCAUACCAGACACAAGCUCAAGACAAUCGAGUAGGGGACGCUGGCAAGAAUCAAGUACAAUUGAGGAUGGCAACAAUCAGACCAAGACCAAAAUCCGCUCCCGAUAUGAAGAAAUAAGCAUAUUCAGUUUGGGAGAAGAGAACAGCCUGACAUGACAAACUAUUGGUGCCUUUUUGUACAACAGAAAACAAAUCAAUUUAUUUUAUUUUUUUUGAUCAAAUGCAAAACCAAGACCACUUUAGACUAUAAAUGCACAUUGUCUAAACUCUAAUCACAAAAUCAAGCACUUUAUUACUAUUAUCUUUUUACAGAAUAAGAAUGUAAGAUUAAAUUGUACAUAGAAUCUUCCAAGCACUUAAAUAUAAAUACAAUGUAAUUGAUUGAAUUUUAUUUAAAUGAUAAGGGUUUAGUUUACAUUUCUUUGUUUACCUAUUGGAGAAGUAUAUAGUAUGUUUGUAACAUAAUAGCUAUGUUUAAUGAAAUAAAGAUUUAUUUAAUUUC